AUGUGGCGACCGGUGUUGAUGGCUGCAGGCACGCUGGUGGCGACCGCCCUGCUCUUUGGUGUUCCAGUGUCAGCUGUUUCCUUUUCCGGGGACGAAGAUGGAGCUUUCACUACUGGACUAGGGAUGGCCAUGCGUGCAUACCGUCAGUGCGAAGACUCGCAGGACGAGGUGGUGCGAUGCCUGAAACUGAGGGCGUGGAGGGCGCUGGAGCGGGCCGCCAGCUGGCCGAAGAUCCGGCUGAUGGACGGCGUCUGGCUGGUGCACGAGGGCGACGCGGAGGGCGACGUGGACGAGCUGCUGCUGGCGUCCGCCGGUCACUUCCUCGGCUCGCACUCGCUGCAGAUCAGCGUGCCGCAGGCGCUCCGGGCGGCCAUCCGGGCGGCGGCGAACCUCACUGGCGACGACGGCGACCUCGCCAGAGGCGACAUCGACGAAGGAGGCGAUCAGCAGACCGAGGAAGGGAGGAGGAGAAAUGGCUACAACAGGAAGCGGUACAGCAGCUUCAUGUUGAUGGCGAUGCUGAUGAAGGGCGGCCUGCUGGCCAUCGCCUACAAGGGCGUGGCCAUCCUAGCCGCCAAGGCGCUCCUCGUGGCCAAGAUCGCGUUGGUCAUCUCCACGCUGGUGGCGCUCAAGAAGCUGGUGGCCGGCGGCGGCGACGAGAAGGUCACCUACGAGAUCGUCAAGACGCCGCACGUGUCGCACGCAUUCGCACACUCCGGCGGAUACGACCACCCGGGCCACUACGACAGGAGCACUGGAGGCAGCGGGCCCUAUCGACGCAGCGUCGACUUGCCGUACCACUCCUACCAGCCCAUUCCCUUGCACCAGCAAGAUGGUGCAGCUGCCGCAGCUUGA